AUGAUUCUGGAAGAUCAGCGAUUUAUCCACGAGGAUCUGGAGCGAUUGGAGCAAGCCAUCGCCGAUCGCGUGGCUGAACAACCUCGAACUCUCCGUGAACGUUUAGCGAAUGAACAUGAGAUCGCGAAGUUUUUAGACCGCAUCGAGGUCCAGUCGAAACGAUUGUUGGAGAUCUACAAAGAUGCGGAUGGUCUUCGUGAGAAAGAGGUGCAGUCGAUCUCAACAGGCGAUCAGUUCGAAGAAUUCUACAAGCAACUCGAAGGAAUUAAAGACUUCCACAAGCGAUACCCCAAUGAACCAGUUGAGAACCUCGAACAAGCAUACAAGCCCCGUCAACCUGGAGAUGUUGAAUCCAUGGAGAUCGACAAUAUGUUCACCGGCGAAGAGCGUUUCGGGAAAUUCUUCGAUUUGACCACCAUUCACGAGCAGUACCUGAACCUUCCUGGAAUCAAGCGCCUCAACUAUGUCGAAUACCUCGGCGUUUUCGAUACCUUUACCCCGCCAGCCAUGAACGUCAAGCGAAAAGAUAAGGUCUCUGAUAAGUAUUUCCGCUAUGUCACCGAGUUGGCUACCUACCUAGAAGGAUUCUACAAGCGAGUCAAGCCCCUGGAGGACUUCGAUGCACUGGUCGCUACUUUUGAUGAGGAAUUCGACAAGCAAUGGGAAGCAAAGGAGGUUCCUGGGUGGACAGAGGAGCAGGGCAGCAAGAGCACAGCAGCAGGUUCAGGCGAAGGAUUGUGGUGCUCAGACUGCGAGAAGGAGUUCACAAACGAGAACGUCUACCGAAACCAUUUGACCGGCAAGAAGCACAUCCGAGCCGCAGAGGCCAAAAAGGCUUCUGGCACAACGACUCCGGCUCCUCAACCAUCUACAAACCAAUCAUCUUCUCUCGCAAAGGAUUUGAAGGAGCGCGCUGUCGCUGGACGAGAGCACCGCGUGCGCUGCUUAACAGACAUACUUAAGGACGAACGAGAAGCUACCAGACACGAUGUCGUCCGCCGACAAGGCCUAACAGAGCGUGAGCGCCGAACAGAUUGGGAGGAUUUGAUGGCUGAGCAUGAGAGUCGUGGUGAGGGUCGUGCGGGUGAAGAGUCUGAUGAUGAUGACGAGAGAAUUUCGAACCCGCUGAAUGUGCCUCUUGGAUGGGACGGAAAGCCCAUCCCCUACUGGCUUUAUAAAUUACACGGGUUGGGAGUCGAGUACCCGUGUGAGAUUUGCGGAAACUAUGUGUAUAUGGGUCGUCGGGCAUUCGAUAAGCAUUUCGGAGAAGCCACUCACAUUUACGGACUGAAGUGUUUGGGAAUUACCUCCAACACUAACCUCUUCCGUGAAAUCACUCGCAUCGACCAGGCCAUGCGUCUUUGGGAGAAAUUGGAGCAAGACCGCAAGAGGGAACGCGACUCACGGGAUAACGUUGUGCAGAUGGAGGAUGCUGAGGGUAAUGUCAUGCCAGAGAGAGUCUACUAUGAUCUCCAGAAGCAAGGCAUUCUCUAA